CGCGGAAGGCUCCGAGAGAAGGCAACUCUCCUCUUCUCGCCCGGUCCUUUCGGCGGAGGAAUUCCUAGCGCUGGCGUGGCUCGGCGCGACGGCCGCCUCCACCUUCCUUCCUUCCCUCCACCCGGAGUCCAUUCAGAGCCCUCCCUGGAUGGGACGGUCUGCACACAUCAUCGGUCCACUCGGUGCCCGGUUCCGCGCGAUAUUUUGUGACCGGCCUGUCUGUGCGGUGCUCGUGCUUCAAGCCUGUGCUACUCGGCUCCCUAGACCCGUCGAGGAAUAGGGAGGUCGACAUGACCCGGUUGGGAUUGCGAUUCAUCGCAUCCGCAGUUUGCCUGGCCGGGAUAGUUAGUGGGCAAUUCAAUCACACAUCAGGGCCACAACCGGUCCUGCCGCUGGAACGAGGUGAUAUCGAAGGGCCUGCAAACAGUAACGAUGAUGAAUACGACAGUUCGUUGGGAUGGAAAGAUUUAAACAGAUUUAUUACGGACAACGAAGGAUCCGAGGACCCGAGAAAACGAAACAGCAGUAUCACGGCUGGUCAUUACAGUCCCGACGAGAGGACUCGACAAUGGAGUUAUUAUAGGAAUAGGACCAAUCCUUACGGUCAAGGUUAUCCGAGCCGAUAUCCUUACGAUCGACAAUCGCAGGGUGGCUAUGACAGAUAUCCUGACGGAGGCGGCGCGUCGGGAUUAGGAAAUGACGAAAAUCGACCAGGUGGUUAUCCUAACGGUCAUGGCGAAGGAUACUACGAUACAUACAGCGGUGCCGGUGAAAGUGAACGAGGAGGAGGAGGAGGAGGAGGAGGUUCUUACAAUUAUGGCCAAAGAGGUUCCAGUGAUCCUUAUAGUGGCAGUUAUGGGGGGAAUUAUGAUGCGAGAGGUGCGGAUGCUUAUGGUCGUGAAAGCGGCGGUCGUGGAGGAGGAGAUGCUUAUGGUGGCGGUCGUGGCGGUGGAGAAACGUAUGGUGGCGGUCGUGGCGGUGGAGAAACGUAUGGUGGCGGUCAUGGAGGUGGAGAUACUUAUGGCGGCAGUCGUGGGGGUGGAGAUACUUAUGGCGGCGGCCGAGAAGACGGAAAUACUUACAGCGGCAGUCGCGGAGGCGGUUAUGGUGGUUACGGUGGUGCCAGUCUCUCCACCGGAGACAACGAAAAUUAUCCAAGCAAUUACCACGUGGUACCAAUGCCUGGAACACCUAGUAAUUGCAGCGGAUCAGGAUGCUGCGCACCCAAGUGUUUCGCCGAAAAGGGCUCACGGGGGCCUCCUGGAUUAAUUGGACCGCAAGGUCCUAAAGGACAACGAGGAUUCCCAGGAGCGGAAGGUCUUCUAGGUCCUAAAGGUGAAAAAGGAGAUCCCGGCCCGCAAGGUCCGCAUGGUGUGAAAGGUGACAGAGGAAAAAUCGGUAUGCCUGGUUUUCCCGGUAUAAAUGGUGUGCCUGGAGUACAAGGACCACCGGGAUCUCCUGGUUUCCCCGGUCGUGAUGGAUGUAACGGAACAGACGGUGCUCCCGGACGUGACGGUGUUCCCGGAGAACCGGGACCUCGUGGUUUUCGAGGAGUGUCCGGUCCUAAAGGAGAAAAGGGUCAACCAGCGUAUGCUGGUGCUUUCCCCAUCGGACAAAAAGGUGAACCUGGUAUGGACGGUGUAAGAGGACCCCCCGGUCCACCUGGUUUGCAAGGAGACCGAGGCCUAUCUGGCCCGAAGGGUGAACGAGGCCCUUAUGGUACCUCCGGCAUACCAGGUCCGAAAGGAGAGAAAGGUAACAUGGGUCUCGGAUUCGAAGGAUUAAAGGGAGAUAAAGGUCAAAAAGGAGACUCAGGACCUCCCGGUUCGACUGCGCCUAUUAUGCCGUUCUCGGGAGGAACCUCGGAAGUAACUGGUCCGCCCGGAGAACAAGGGCAUAAAGGAGAUAAGGGUGAAUCGGGACCGGAAGGGCAAAGAGGAGAACCAGGAUUCAUAGGUGAUCACGGUAUACCCGGAGGAUCAGGUCACAAAGGAGAGAAGGGUCUUCCGGGAGCUCCAGGUAUUCGUGGUAGAGAUGGUUUCUCUGGACCUCCUGGACCUCCUGGGCGAAAAGGUGAUCGAGGUAUUGAUGGAUUGGAAGGACUUUCUGGACGCCACGGCAAAAAAGGAGAACCUGGUCGAGAUGGACCAAUGGGUGUCCCAGGAUUACGUGGACCUCCUGGACCACCGGGAGGUGGUAAAGGAAGACCAGGACCACCGGGACCAAAAGGUCCACGUGGUUUCCCAGGACCUACCGGACCGCGAGGAGCAGACGGUUUUCCCGGAGACCCAGGACCAAGAGGUCCCUUAGGCUUACAAGGAGGUCCCGGAUUACCCGGAAUUCCAGGUCCAGAAGGUUUACCGGGAGAGAAAGGUGGGAAGGGUGAGCCUGGUUUGACUGGAUUUCCCGGAGGCCCAGGACCACGUGGAUUUGACGGACCACCGGGACCAACAGGACCGCGAGGGCCGCCAGGAGAAAAAGGAUUGUCGAUAAUGGGGCCAAAAGGAAUGGAUGGAACGCCCGCUUUUGAUGGAGAAAAGGGUCAGAAGGGUGAACGAGGUUACGCGGGUGUCCGGGGCCGACCAGGAGAUUCUCUGGAUGGUAUUCCAGGAGCUCCCGGUGUACCGGGUGAGACUGGAGAAGCGGGAGCACCAGGAAGAGACGGUAUACCGGGUCUUCCCGGAUCGACAGGAGAAAAAGGAGAUAUUGGCGGUCGCUGUAUAGAUUGUUUACCGGGAUUGCGAGGUGAGAAGGGAGAUCGUGGUACGGAUGGUAUCCCGGGUCUCACUGGACCUCGAGGACCGCCCGGAGAACGCGGCUUCCCUGGAGAACCUGGACAGGACGGAUUACCAGGCACAAUCGGAUCUCCGGGACCACCAGGAAAGGAUGGUAUACCCGGUGCUCCAGGACCUCAAGGAGAGUCUGGAACUCCAGCGACAGUGACAUGGAAUAUGCUUAAGCUAGAAAAAGGUGAUAAAGGAGCGCGCGGCGAGCCUGGUCGACAGGGCCCGCCAGGACCAGAAGGACCUCUGGGAGAGAAGGGAAGACCCGGAUUUGAAGGAUUCCCAGGACUUAAAGGCACUCCAGGAGAUCGCGGAUUCCCUGGACAGGAUGGCGUUCCAGGAAGACCAGGUACGCCUGGACGCAAAGGAGAGAAAGGAUUAAGCAUAAAGGGUGAAUCAGGAAUACCAGGUAGACCAGGAUCUGUAGGACAAAAAGGAGAACCUGGCCUAUAUGGUCUUAAGGGUGAAGCUGGUCAAUGUCCGCCACUUAGGUUUAUGAAAGGUUUCAAAGGCGAUCGAGGUUUAACUGGAGACAAGGGAGAACUUGGACCACCUGGUAAAGAUGGAUUGCCUGGUGAUAAAGGCUUGCAAGGUUUUCCGGGUGCAUCUGGUGUACCCGGUCCAAUCGGUGCUCCUGGACCUGUAGGUGCGAGAGGUUUACCUGGCCCACGUGGUGAUAAAGGCAACAUGGGACCUAUGGGAUUCCCAGGAGAACCUGGUCGGGAAGGACCUAGAGGUUUCCCGGGUGCUCCGGCUCCGAAAGGGGACAAAGGAGAGUCUGGAAUAUCCGUCAAGGGCAGUCCUGGUUUAACAGGUCCUCCGGGUGAAAAGGGAGAGAAGGGUCUUCCAGGACCACCCGGAAAAGAAGGUCUAGUAGGUUAUCCGGGAUUACCAGGCUUUGCUGGCGACAAAGGAGACAUCGGUGCACCGGGAAUAAAUGGUUUACCGGGAGCACCCGGUGAAAAAGGAGAUACUGGUCCAGUUGGUCCACCUGGUCCUCCAGGUGUCGCUGGUCUUCCAGGAACCGAUGGAAGCAAAGGCGAGCCAGGAUUACCGGGAGAGCCUGGUAGAGCGGGUCUUCCAGGAUUCCCAGGCGCGAAAGGUGAUCGCGGUGAACUAGGUAUUGAUGGAGCAAAAGGAUAUCCAGGCAGACGAGGUUUGCCUGGAACUCCAGGUAGACCUGGCACGGAUGGUGAAUUGGGUAUAAAGGGAGAACACGGUGAUAAAGGUUCGCCAGGAUUCCCUGGAUUACCGGGUAUGGAAGGAAAGCCUGGUCGCCCUGGUAUAGCCGGCCUGAAAGGAGAUCAAGGACCAGUCGGUACGCCUGGUUUACCGGGACUAAUCGGUUACGAAGGACCUAAGGGCGACACUGGAUUCCCAGGACCACCGGGAAGAAAAGGAGAACCAGGACAAGUUUCGGAAAAAGGACAGAAAGGUGAGCCAGUAAUGCCUGAAAUACGAGGUCCUCAAGGCCCUUCAGGACGAGACGGUAUUGACGGAGCAAAGGGAGAAGCUGGCAGACCAGGUAUUGGUCAUGAUGGAUUGCCUGGAUUAAAAGGCGAACAAGGCACACGUGGUCGGGAUGGAUUGCCAGGAUUUCAAGGUCAAAAAGGUGACACUGGCGUACGAGGAUUCCCUGGAAUAAAAGGCGAUUUUGGCUCACCGGGUACACCCGGAGAACCAGGUUCGCCCGGGAUAGAUGGACUUCCUGGAGAAGUUGGCGACGUUGGACCACCGGGAGUACCUGGUUUUCCUGGGCUUGAUGGCGAAAUAGGUUCUCCCGGUCGGCCUGGACUUGAUGGCGUUAAAGGAGAUCGCGGUUUAAUAGGACUUGUUGGAUUGCCUGGUAUUUCUGGAGCAUCUGGAGAAAAGGGAGACCGCGGUCCUCCCGGACCAACAAUCCAAAUUAAGGGUGAGAAAGGUGAGCCAGGUAUAUCUGGAUUUCCUGGAUCAAAAGGAGAGAAAGGAGAUCAAGGACUAGUAGGUAUAGCUGGUUAUGACGGUGAAAAAGGUGACAGAGGUUUACCUGGAUCAGAAGGAUCUUCUGGGCCUCAUGGUGCCCCUGGACCUAAGGGUGAACAAGGACCUUCCGGAAUUUCUGGCAUCCCUGGAGUUACGAUAAAGGGUGAGAAAGGUCUGCCAGGUUUGAUGGGUAAGCACGGUAGAGAUGGAUUGCCAGGUCGACCCGGAGAAAAGGGUGAGCAAGGAUUGCCUGGUUUGCCUGGACAGAAGGGAGAUAUUGGUCCUUACGGACCCGUUGGACCACAAGGUGAAAAAGGUAAUCCAGGUCCACCAGGUCUGACUGGGUCAUCAGGACGCGACGGAGCUCCUGGUCUUGAAGGUGUACCAGGGUUACCUGGUGAAAGAGGUCCAAAGGGUGAUCAAGGACUGCCUGGAUUACUUAGCCCCCCAGGAGAAAGAGGAGAACCUGGUCAUCCAGGACCAAGUGGAUUGGAUGGACCUGCAGGAGAAAAGGGUGAAAGAGGUUGGGACGGUGUUAAUGGUCUACCUGGACCGCCUGGCGAGAAGGGUGAUAGAGGAUAUUCUGGUGCAGUCGGAUUGAUGGGUGCCAUUGGUUAUGUAGGUCAAAAAGGUGAAAAGGGUGAGGACUGUAUCGAGCCGCCGAUGGGACCUAAAGGAGAUCGCGGGUAUCCUGGAUCAUCCGGACCGCCUGGUCCCCCGGGAGAGAAAGGACUUUCGGGUCCACACGGUUUCCCCGGCUUGGAUGGUAUCAAAGGCGAGCAAGGUUUCAUCGGUCCAGCAGGACCUGCGGGACUGCCAGGAUUACCUGGACCAGUUGGUGCGCCCGGUCUACCGGGUCUUCAAGGUCCGGCCGGUUUGCCUGGACUUGUCGGAGAGCCUGGUGCACCGUGCGAAGCGACACCUGACUAUCUCACCGGUAUCCUUCUGGUCAAGCACAGUCAAAGUCAAACCGUGCCGGUUUGUGAGCCAGGUCACAUCAAGCUCUGGGAAGGAUACAGUUUACUCUACACUGAUGGAGAUGAAAGGGCGCAUUCUCAAGAUUUAGGUUACGCCGGCUCGUGUGUCAGAAAAUUCUCGACGAUGCCCUUCCUGUUCUGCGACGUCAACAACGUCUGCCAUUAUGCUAGUCGCAAUGAUCGUUCUUAUUGGCUAUCGACCAAUAGUCCAAUUCCCAUGAUGCCCGUCGAGGAAACGGCGAUAAGAGAUUAUAUUUCCAGGUGCGUGGUGUGCGAAGUUCCGGCUAAUGUGAUAGCGGUACACAGUCAAUCGAUAAACAUUCCAGAAUGUCCGACUGGAUGGACCACUCUUUGGAUCGGUUAUAGUUUCAUAAUGCACACCGGCGCCGGUUCCCAGGGUGGCGGCCAGUCCCUGUCGAGCCCCGGAUCCUGCCUGGAGGAUUUCCGCGCCACACCGUUCAUCGAAUGUAACGGCGCUAAAGGACACUGCCAUUACUAUUCUAAUCAGUACAGCUUCUGGAUGGUUACUAUAGAGGACGGCCAGCAGUUCAGGAGCCCCGAGAAGCAGACUCUAAAGGCGGGCAAUCUUAGGACCCGAAUAAGUCGCUGCCAAGUUUGUAUAAAGAACACGUAAAACACACGUGCGCCACCUUUUAUACGCAAAGAGAACACACACACGUACACACACAUACACACUCUGUCCACCCAUUUUUUUUUACACGAGAAUAGAAGCGAAAAUAUCACUAUGAUUAUAAACGGAUAAACGGCGAUUGAGACCGGAACGGAAUUUCGUCAAAAGUUCAGAUCUCGAUGUUAGAGAUUCCAAGCGAAAACGAUCUCUAUGUUUAUUCGAGACAAUUGAAAAUGUAACGCGGAAAAUUAGACUCGUCGAAAUUGCGCCGGUUUCGAUCCCUGAUAACAAGGAAGAAAAGAGCGGUAACGUCACGCGACGGAACAACGGAAUGGAAGUUCGGAGGACUCGCUUGAUUCGCGUCGGGAAAUAAAGAGAAUGACGCAUCCCUCUCUUUCUUUCUCUCUCUCUCUCUCUCUCUCUCGUGAUUCCCUCUGCCGGAUGUGUUCCGCAACCAUGUCUUGUCUUCAUUAUUUCCUAUCCCCCCCCAUCCCUCACCGUGUCUACAUUCUACGUCCCGGAUAACUUCUUUCCCCUCGAGAGACGUCCUCCUCUCGCUCGUUACCCGCUCUUUUAUCUUCACCCACGAGCGCUUCCUCUUUUUCGCCAUAUGUGUUUUUUCUCUUUUUUUUAUAUGUAUAACUUUACAAGCAAGUGCCUCUAGCGUACUACUCUAGCAUGUAAAAUAAUAUAUAUUUAUAUCUCGUAUGAAUCUCGUAUUUUUUUUUUUUUUUUUCGAAGUCUAAGUUUAUCGUAACGACACUGCCCAUAUCCAAUAUGGCACAUUUUACAUAUUGUAUAUUAAUAUAAACGAUCUUAGCCUGGUAAUCGUGUGACGCCAAAUAUUUAAAUAAAUAGGUAUUUUGCUACGUAGCUAAUAAAAUUCUAUUUUCAAACUUGACUGACUCAUUUUUGCUUGUUUGUAUAUCCGACCUUAAAUAGUGUGUAAGCGAAAUUUUUGCAUACGUUUGAAACAACGAAUAAUUUUUAUGAGCUCUAAGGAAAUGUAAUAAAAAAACUGAAAAAAAAUUCAAUGCACAUAGAUCUAUUAAUUUAACGCCCGAGUAUUUUGAAAAUGGCAUAAAUGGCGACUGGAUAUCCAUAUCGAUUAUUGUUAUAUACACAUGUCCUUUACACAAUUUAAUUAAAAAAUGCAGGGAAAAGAGUACUUUAAUAAUUCUGCUCGUAGGAAAUAUUUUCUCGAGUUCCUUUUUGCGCAGCGCAUAAUUACUUCAAGACUUUAAUUGAAUCCAGGAGACGUAAAGCGCCCAUUUUAUCGUGAGAAUAAGAGAGAAAUUUAUUCCCGCUAAUCACUAACGUUAGCGUAGUUUAUUUUAUCUGUAGAUAUUGCCAUAUCUUUUCAUUAUAUAGAUAAUAAUGAGAUAAAAAUUUGUCAGCACAAAUGUAUGAGGUAUUCGUUAACAAAUAUGUACAUAUACAAAUGUAUUAUACAUCCACACGAAGAAUGUUUAAUAUAUUUCUUAGAGAGUAAAAAAUUUAUUAAUUUUAAAAGUUUUGUUAUAAAUUUCACAUGAAUGUAUAAUUUUGAUUUAUAAUUAAUUUUCCAAAAAGUGAACUUAUUAUGAUAGAAAUUUUAAUUUCGGAGUUCCAUUAUAUACAAAUGAUGAAUAAGUGAAUGAGGAAUGGCUUGAAAUUAAAUUUUCGAUAAAAUUUACUCUACAUUCAUUAAAGAAUUUCUAACUUAUGAAUCUCUCUCUCUCUUUUUUGCUCUCUGAGCCAAGCUAACUGCGUUUUGUGCAUCGUAACACAAGUGUAAUUCAUUUUCUCAUGUCGCACGCAAAUAAAUUGUCAUCGGUGGCGAUUUUAUGCGUAUGCUCAAACGUCAUCUUGUUAUGGUAAUCUCUUCCCUAA